AUGAGAUGCAUCGAGGAAUACAAACGAUUAGAAGAUGAUCGACUGCAGAGCAAAGGCAAAGCGUCGUUGAUAACUCGUCCUUGGCAGACAGGUUUCCCGUUCAGGCCUCGUGGGGGUCUGGCCAUUCAAGAACUAGCCACACAAAUGGGAGAAGUGAUCGUGACGUUUAAGGAACAGGUACACAAAAUUCUUGAUAGGAUCAAACAUGAGCCGUAUUUUCGAUGGCCGAACAAGAUGGGAGGGGACCCAUCUAGAAGGAACCAAAAUCUGUAUUGCACUUAUUUCCGAGACAAGGGUCAUACCAUCGAACAAUGCCGGGUACUAAAGGACCACCUUGGGAAACUAGUCAAGGUCGGGCACUUAAAGGAUUUCGUGCUAAACUUGGGGGACAGAGUACUAGGGCAAGAUACCCGGCAAAGGGGAAACCCUCUCCCACCCUCUGUGAGGGUAAUUGAAGUAAUCCAUGUUGCGUCGGAGAAGCUCAUUGUAGCAAAGAGGAAAGGAGUGUUGAUAGUGGUACCGGUAGAAGGUAACCUGGGUCUACAGUCGCCGGGUAAGAGGAUGAAGUUUGCACGGGAGCCCGUCUCGUUUGACGAUGACGAUUUAGAGGGGACGAUUCAGCUACAUGAUGACGCAUUAGUGGUCGCGUCCUAG